AUGAGAAGAAAGCUAAACCCAGUUGUUGAUAUUCAUUCUAUAUUCAACAAUAGUAAUGGGGAAAAGGAACACAUGUUGGGAUCAGGAUUUAUUGUUUCACCCCCAUCUUCAAAAGAAGUCUACAUUUUUACAUGUUUCCACAAUGUGAGUGGGUUCAGAAAGAAUGGAAUUUGGUACAAUAACGAGUCAGUUUAUGUAUUAUUGGAUCCAGAUAGGAGUCAGAGACCUAACUUUACAGUAGAGCAUUAUUGUAAGUGUGAAAUUGUUGAAACUGGAUCUGUUUUAGAAAAUGAAUUGUUAACAGAUCAUCCUCAAGAAGAUUGGGCCCUACUCAAAACAUCAACAGAGUUAUUACUUGAAGAAGAUCCAAAUUUCUUUUUUAUUCCAUCCCCAUCCAAUGUUUCUGAAUUACAAUCAAAAGAAGAGAAAACAUAUAGCGUGUGCCUUCAAUCCAUUCCAAGUAGAGUUCAAGAAUUAGAUAUGAACACACAUCCUUGUAAUGUGAAUAUCAAUAUGGAGACAAUUUGUCAAUAUAUAGAAUUUGAUGUGAAAAGUGCAAGCUUUGGCAGAGGGAGAGGAGGAGAUGAAGGUGUGUCUUUUUAUGAUUCCGUAUCUUUCAAAGGUAGCUCAGGAGGGGCUGUUACGACGUGUAAUCAACAUUAUGAAGAUUGGUCAUUGUUUAAAGAAAAAAUCGAGUUAUCGAAUAGAGUUGUUGGAAUUCAUAUUGGUGCUGAGAAUUUUGGAAAAGUCGAUUGUUCAAACCAUGUGAAUAGAUGUUGCAGUGUAAAAAAUUGGUUCCAGUGCUAUCUUUCGAAAGUGUACGACCCUCUGAGAGAACAUUUCUCUCAAGCAUUCCAAGAGUUGGUUGAGUCAGAAAGAUACUUUUUUAAUAAGAAUUAG